UCCCCGGCCCAUUCGCCAUCACUCACCCCGUCCCCCUCCCCCGUGCUGGACGGCGCCGCCGGAGCUUUCUCCUGCCGCCGCGCCAUGUCCACCCCAGCUGCUCGAUCUCGCCCAUCGGAGGACGGACUCAUCAGGUCCUCCUCUUCGCCUCCCAGCGGCAGCGAGACGGCGGCCGAGAGACUCACCGACGACCUCCUCGUCGAGAUCCUCUCGCGCGUGCCCGCCAAGUCGCUCUGCCGCUUCAAGUGCGUCUCCAAGCACUGGCUCGGCCUCACCAACGACCGCAACUACCGCCGGAAGCUCCCCCAGACCCUCACCGGCUUCUACCAGGGGAAUCAAUUGGUGGAUUCAGGUGUUCCUUUCACCAAUGUCUCGGGGAGCCGCCAUCUCACACAUCCCGCCUUCCUGCCCAACCGCCGGCAGGUCAAGAUCAUGGACUGCUGUAACGGCCUCCUUCUCUGCUCCUCAUACGUUGCCGGCGACCAUGGCGACGUGUUCCGGUACAUUGUGUGCAAUCCCGCCACAGAGGAAUGGGCUGAGUUCCCGUACUGCGGCUAUUCCGGCCUGGUGGCUAAUGCACGCUUGUGUUUUGAUCCAGCCGUGUCCCCUCAUUUCCAUGUGUUUUUGUUGCCGGUGGCGGAUAUCUGCAUUACCGGAGUGCAUGUCUAUUCAUCUGAAACCGGGAGUUGGGUUCAUAAGGAGAAGAGAUGGAGCGGCACUAUUGAUGUCGCUAAUGAUCGGUCAACUGUUUAUCUUAAUGGUUAUCUGCAUUUCUGCGCCAUUGUUGAUGGUUCUGACGGUCGUCUAGCUGCAGUGGACAAGGAGGGGGGAGCAAGGACUAACUUCCGUGUUCCUGAUGGUCUGGAUGUUGGUUUUAUUCAGCUGUCACAGGGCUGCCUGCAUUAUGCUGGUUUUGACACAGAUGAUGAUAAUGUUGUUCGACUGCUAGUUUAUGUUCUUAAAGACUAUGACCGCAAAGAAUGGAUACUGAAGCAUAGCGUCGAAACUUCGCAUUUGCUUGGAGGGCGACACAUAGAAUACCUUGAUGAGGACUUUGAUUGGAUUGCAAUUCAUCCAGAAUGUGACUUGAUCUUCUUCGCUGUGGCCCAGGAGGAUAUCACAUUCAUGUGCUAUGAUAUGGAUAGUGGACAAGUUAAAGUGAUGUGCAAUCUUGAAGAUAGCAACCAGGCAUAUUUUCCGUAUGUGCCACUAUAUGAAGAGUUACAAUCGUUGCACAAGUGACGUCUUAUUCGUGCUAUGGAGCAGUGGGCAUGGUAUGUCUGCUUGAAUUUGGUCCUCCUUUCUCUGAUGUGUUUAAGUUUGGAGCAAUGCUGGUUUGUUCUGGGGGCACUGCAGCUGAUUUCUAUCUCGGACUAGUGAUUCAAAGUUUCAGUGCACCUUCUGUUGUGUGUACUUGUUUUGUCUUGGUAUACCAAUGGUUCUGGCCAA